GCUGAGCUUGAAUAAGCCAACAAGUUUUAAAUGUCGAAAUGUGUUUAACUAUGGGCCUAGGCCCAAUUAUCUAUUUAAGUGAGCUUAUUAUUGUUUAUGUCUCGAACUAAUUUCGUAAAUACGUAUGUCUCCGAGGGCCAAAUAGUAAUUCCGAAGCUUUUACUUCACUUUCCGCUUUCGCAGUUGUCGUUUCAUUUGUCGUUCCUUCGCCGUCUGUCUCAAUGCCUCCGGUGAUGAAAAGAGGAAGACACGGAAACUGGGCGGACCUUCCGCCGGAACUAAUGUCAUCGAUCUUGCUCCGUAUUGGCGCGAUUGACAUACUUGAAAACGCGCAGAGAGUGUGCAGAUCGUGGCGUCGCGUUUGCAAAGACCCUUCGAUGUGGAGUAAGAUUGAUAUGCUCAACGAUGGAGACUUGGAAGACAUGGACUAUGACCUCGAGAUCAUGUGUCGUCACGCAGUCGAUCGCAGCCAAGGCGGUUUGGUUGAAAUCGACAUUGGGUACUUUGGUACUGAUGACCUCCUCAACUACAUCGCCGUUAGGUCGAGUAAUCUGAGAAGCCUUAGGCUUUUGAUGUGUGAUACAUUAACAGACGAGGGGUUUAUGGAGGCAGUUGUGAAACUUCCAUUGCUUGAACACCUCGAAGUAUCAUAUUGCUCAUUGUCAGAAGAAGACUUUCUGAAAGCUGCAGGCCAGUCUUGUCCCAAUCUGAAGACUCUGAAGCUAAACAGCGAACCUCAGUUCAAGCGUGAUGAUGACGAAGCUCUAGCAAUUGCAGAAACCAUGCCCGGACUACGCCACCUCCAGCUUUAUGGGAACGGACUAACCAACAAGGGCCUCAACGCCAUUCUCGACGCUUGUCCACAUCUGUUACACCUUGAUCUACGCAAGUGUUUCCGUGUUCAUUUUGAUGGGGAUAUGGCGAAACGAUGUUUCGAGAGGGUCAAAGAGCUGAGACAGCCUUACGACCCAACAGAUGAUUACCCUUUUGAUGGUUUUGAGAGGACCAUAGAAGAAGAAGCUACAGAAGACGAAGAAGAAGAGGAGGAGGAUUACUCAUAUGACAGCGAUGAGUACGUCUAUGAUGUCGACAAUUGCUCUGACACGUAUGACUCGUGUGAUGACUAGACAAGGAUAGGAGGUCGGAUCGUUUUGAAGGAUUAAAUAAUGAUAGGUUGUAUUGACAAUAUCAGUAGCAAGUAGUGGUAAUGAAACUAGUUCAUGACCUCCUUUCGGUUAGUUGGUGGUUGCAGUGGACGUGUGUGUCCCUCUCUCUAUGCCUUAGUCUAACUUUUGAGCGUGUAGAUUUCCUUAACGGAGUAAGAACAUAUUUAACA